AUGGUUACUACCCGAUCCAAAAGUCGUUCACUGGCAGCUGACCUGCGCCUGCGCCUGCGCCUGCUGCGGCGGUCCUGCGCAAAAAACACAGAGGCCGCUGCCGAUCAAGCCCAUCACACGUCCUCGUCUACUACCACGCUGGUUGCCUCAUCCGGCGCACCGACAUCAGCCGGGAGCCACAGCUCGUCCAGCGGAACUGCCACACCAGCCUCGCCACAGGAGUUAGUUGCUGUCAGCGAUGACGACAGUGACUUUGUCAGUGAGAGCUCCGAUGAUUCUGGCAGCGACGAGAGCGACUUCCAGGAACCACCAACCCGGCACUAUUUCGUCAUUGACUCGCCGCGUCCAGGAGCUGACAUCUGCUCUUCGGCCGGCACGAGCAUCAGCUUCUGGCAGAUCCAAGGCGUCAAGGAAGAAGACCCUCCUAUCGAUGCUCCUCCCGAAGGAGACCUGGACUACUUUCACCGCCCAGAGCUGUUCCUCCACCACCCGCAGCUGAAAUCCGCAUGGAAGUCGCUGCCUGGACCACCCGAGAUGCAGAUGGUCGAGCAGCCGCCCAACCUCAAGAUCCGGCUGCUGCCGUUCCAACGCGAGGGCUUCCGCGGUGGGGUGCUGGCUGACGAGAUGGGCAUGGGCAAGACACUGCAGACCAUCGGCUUGAUGCUGGUCAAUCGUGGAAAGCCGACGCUGGUAAUCUGUCCGACAGUAGCGCUGAUGCAGUGGAAGUCUGAGAUCGAGGCGGCCUACCGACGACCUAAGCUUGCUGACGAGAACGGGGAUCUCAACCCGAGCGAGCUGGUGAAAUACGACGUUGUGCUUACCACUUAUGCGGUGGUCGAAUCGUCGUUUCGGCGCGAGCGCUAUGGAUUCCGCCGCCAUGGCAACCUGCUGCAUGAAGACUCGGUGCUGCACAAAGCACACAAUAUCAAGGACCGGUCCAGCAAUUCUGCUCAGCAAGACCUGCAGCCAGUGCUCACACACUACAUGUCGCACUUUUGCUACUGGAACUACCACAUCAUGAACCCGAUUCAGAAGAACCCAAUCAAUAGCGACAAGAGCCGUAUGGCGUUCACCAAGCUGAAGCAAGCUUCGACAAUGGACAUGGGGCUACCGCCGCGUAUUAUCCAGACGCGCCGCGACAAAUUCAGCCCCGAGGAGGAGGACUUUUAUAGCACGGCACAGUGCUGA